AUGUCAAAUGGUAAAUUAAGAAAAGGUCCAAUACCAGAUCGUUGGUUAAAUUGUCCAAGAAGAGCAGGACGUCUUAUAAAUAAAAAAUUUCUAGCCUUUAAAACACCAUUAUCAAAAUAUUUUAAUGAUCAAGUACCUGAAGAAUGUCGUUUUAGUGUUGAUUUUUUAUUUAACAUUGCAAAAGGAAAUAAAUGGAAGCUUGGUUUAUGGAUUGACCUGACAAACACAUCACGUUUUUAUGACAGAAAAGAUAUUGAAUCACAUGGCUGUAAGUACGUGAAGUUACAAUGUCGUGGACAUGGUGAAACACCAGAUGCAAAAACAACACUUGAAUUUGUAAGUGUAUGUAAACAAUUUAUAUCACAUCAUCCAUUGGAAAUAAUUGGUGUACAUUGUACACAUGGUUUUAAUAGAACUGGUUUUUUACUAAUAAGUUAUUUGAUUGAAGCUGAAGAAAAUAGUCUUGGUGCUGCAAUGACAAAAUUUGCAAUAGCAAGACCACCUGGUAUUUAUAAAAAAGAUUAUAUUGAAGAAUUAUAUAAACGUUAUGAAGAAAGUGAAACACCACCACCACCACCAACAAAACCAGAUUGGUGCUUUCAGUAUUGA